CUUUUGUUUCUUGGUAACAUUCGUCGUCUUUCCCUGAUCAUCUGCCAAACCCACCCAGCCUAGAACGACACACCGGCGGCCAUCAGUAACAUGAGAGAAGUGCUGAGCCGGUUAUGAUCUGUUAAACUGCGACCAGCAUUGGCCCCUUUUGAUCCCCAGCAACUGCUCAGGUGGUCUGAAUAUUGUUUUAGGCUGAAAGCCUGGAUCGCAUGAAUAUUGUCACCUCCGUCUCUUGUCUCGAUCAUCGUCCGUGCAAAGCCAUUCAGUCUCAUGUCGCCGAGCAUAUCCAGAACUUCUCUGGCCCAUAUCCUGGGAGGCUUCACCAUCCUGUCCACGUUCAUUGCCACCGUUCUGGAUGGUAUCUGCUACAGUUUCUCCCGUCCCUUAUCAUCGCACAUAGCCUCGAUCGAAUCGGCGAUUGUGAGCUUGGGGACCAUUAAUUGUGCAGUGAUUGCCGCACUACUCUUUCUUUGGGCCCAAGAUGUCAGGACAGAGGCGAGGCCGCAGUGGAGGGGCCACAGGGCUAUCCUCUACGGCGUGAUCGCCGUCUACCUCUCCAUAGCCACUGGUAUUACGGCAGGAGGAAUCGCUUGGAGUGCGGUCCAGUCCAUGACAGGGAAAACGACUGUCAUUCACAAGCACCAGACUCUCAUGCUAGCACGUUGUAUUAUCUGGGCUAUCUCCGUUCUGAGUCAGGGAAUUCUGGGUGGCUAUCUCCUGACUUCAUUGACAAAGAGAGAUGCCGGCGGUCGAUGGUCAAGCUCGCUCUCUCAGGAGCUUGAAAUUCUUCCCGAGCAAGCCAGUAUUGUUGGCGACAAAGAUGAAACGGUCAAAUCUCCGUCCAUCAUCAUCGGGUCCCAACGGCGCUCUGCUGAUGUUAAAACAAGCUGCGACAUCGUGCCAGAGCUCCAGCCUUCUGCUUCCCGCACAGAGUCUCAGACUUCCAAUCGCUAUUCCGGUCGGACCCUCUACCAACAGGAUUCCAAGCAGAGUUCUUUUGAUUUGCAGCGGACAUACUUGGCGGGUGCUGAAAAUACGGUGACUCGUCAUCGCUCCGAUGACCAGCCAGAUAACUUGGCCGUCAAUCUCUCGGGGACCGAAGGAUCAGUUGAGCCAACUAAGAUUCGACGAAGCUGCUCCGAGGCAAAACGAUCGUUUGAGGUGUUAGUCCGUCAGUCUACGUCGACUCGACCAUCCCCCACCACGUCUUCCACGCAUUUGGCGGCUCCUGGUCGGCCUAUUCCUCCGAAGCUGAAGCUCCCCGACGAAAGCUUUAUCCAUCCAUUAUUCCGGUCCGACAGUGCAUCGCCUCCUCCAACCCCUAUGCCUGGUACGACUGUGAUUGCCUCGCCGGCAGCUGGCCAGACCAUUUCCGUACAGACAUUGAAUCGGGUGAGAUCAACCCGGUCACUCCGUUCACACGCACCCCGAAGUCGAUCACCGUUGUUUGAGCAGGUGGAUCAGCCGCUCGCCGAGCUGGAGCGGAAGUCUGAGUCUUCGGAGCCCAGUGGUCGAGGGUCACCCAUGCCUAGCUUCAUCAUGGCUGCGGAUGUGCGGAGCAGUAUCACCCGAUACGAGAAGAAAUACGACUUGAAUGAAUCGCCUGACGAGAGCUAGCCGAGAUAAAGUCCUGGGGAUCAUUAGGAACCGGGAUCUGGGUCUGCAAGUCUC